UUUUAAUGCACAUGCUGACAUCUCCACAGAAGAAAGCGCUCAGUGAACGAUUAAAGAAAAGCGACUCUGGACGUUCCUGCCUGACUAUUUAUAGAGAUUCUAAAGUGAAAAUAAUUUUCUUUAAAAUUACAGACGAUUGUAAGGAGUUAGAAACUGAAAACUGAUCGACAUGGUCAAAUUUAUCUUGCUUGCAAUUCUUGUAGCUGCGCAUGCAUCCACUGUCGCCUUUAACGAGAGCUCUGUAAGCAGUUUUGCACAGACUGAAGAAGAGCAAAUAGAAGGCAUUUAUCCUUCAGACCUGAACUCUUACCCUACUCCUGAUGAACCUAUACUAGAUAGCUCUGGACAGAUGUUAGAUGUUAAAACAGCAACUGAAAUACCAAUGAACAAAUUUUACCCUCCAUACCUGGACUAUCUCGGACCAGGACUAGGUGGCUUUCCUGCUAUGUUAUUCACACAAGAGUCAACAGACUGUGAAGCAAAAUGCAACCAGACUACAGCAGUCUCUGAGACAUUUGUUAUCUCGAAUGAGGCUGUGCACGUCCUUAAAGGUGUGCUGGUCACACGCAUCAUGCCCUCAUUCUACAUCUUUCUCCUCCUCAUUAGUAUGCCACUUAACGCAUUGGCCUUGGUGACAUUCACCUGUAGGAUUCAAGCAAAGAAACCAGCUGUGAUCUACAUGUCUCACCUGGCAUGUGUGGACCUGCUCUUCACCCUGCUGCUGCCUCUGAAGAUCCACUACCACCUGAAUGGUUCAGAUUGGGUGUUUGGCGAGGUGGCGUGUCGUGUACUAAGCGCGGCUUACUACUGCUACAUGUACUGCUCUAUACUGCUGAUGAUGUGCAUGAGUGUGGACAGACUGGUGGCCGUAGUGUUUCCUAUCGCUUCUCUAACCUGGCGGAGCACGAGGAAUGCCACAUAUGCAUGUGUGCUGGUCUGGCUGCUGGCACUUGCUGGCACGGUGCCACUUCUCUCCAUAAAGCAAACACUGAAGAUUAAAAAUGUGGGCGUCACCUGCCACGAUGCAAUUCUCCAUAACGACGCUGGAGAGCAGUUGUACAUUUACCUGUUCUUCAUUCUUUCCUGCCUCUACUUCUUUUUGCCGCUGGCCAUCACCUUAAUAAGCUACUCUAUCAUCAUAUAUGUGCUCAGUGCCAAGUCUGACCGCUUACCAAAAUCAUCAUCAUCAUCAUCUGCAGACAAUCGAAGGAGAGCUGUUAUUAUGACUAUUGCUGUGCUGACAGAGUUUGUGGCAUGCUUUGCACUGACCAAUGGCAUCCUGUUGUACCACUGUUUUUAUCUGGCCAAGGGGAGCCACAGUGGGGAGGUGGUUUCAUCGUAUGCAGCUUACAUGUUGGCUGUGUGUGCUGGGAGCUCAAGUAUUUUUCUGGAUCCUCUGCUGUACUACUACGGCUCGUCUCAGUGCAGACAGCAGAUCCGCUCUGUGUUUUGGUUGAAAAAGACAAAAAGAGCAACAGAGAAAUUAGACACCAAGACAAAAUCAGACAAAGUGUGAAUUAUUGAUCAAAUAUUUGGUUUGCAUUAUCAUUAUUAUAUUUACAAUGAUUGUAUGCUUUUUUUUGUACUUCUCAAUGUAUUGAUUUUUUUUUGUCAUCAUGCCAUGGUCAAAUGUCUGUCUCAUGUCUGCCGGCAGGUCAUCCCCACCUCUUCGUACCUGGGAGGGUGACGAGGGGAGGGAAAACAACAACAACAAAAAAAUGAGAGGGAAAGGCCAACACGGAGCGACAGCGGGAGAGAGAGAGGAGAGAGAGAGAGAGAGAAAAAAAAACGUACUCGCUGGUUCUCCGAUACACCGUAGCCUGGUCCUCGGCCACUCCUCCACCCUCUAGUGGAUGACAGCCGUGCUUCCCCCAGUGGAUCAGAGGCAGUCCUCCAGCCCCUGGUGGAUGGAAUGCCCCACCGCAUUUUCGGUGGACAGUAGGGGUCUCCCCCGCCCCUGACAGCAGUUCUCCCCCUCCCCACUCGCGGUCGGCGGUCCUCUCUUGACCCCGCCGCAUUUUAGUGGCCAGUAGGGGUCUCCUCUGCCCCUGGCAGCGGCCCUGACUGCUCCAGGUGGUCAGCUAGGAGCUCCUCCUCCCCUCGCGGUUGGCGGCCUUUCCUCCACUCUCAGGUGGCCGGGCUCCUCCGUCCCCCGGCGGAUGGCCGCGGCUUCUCCGUUGGGGUGGAUGGUAGUGGCGAGGACUCUAAUACGGCGCAUCCCGCCUCCUUCCCAUAUUUUGGCACCAGUGUAACAAAGUUCAAUGGAAAGGAGGAGGCGAGAACCGGCUUGACAAUAUAAAUAAUCUUUUAAUAAAACAAAAAGACACAAACAUAAACACAUGCAGGGCAGCUGCCCCUAACUCAUUCUCUCUCGAACUGCCGCCUCUGGUCGCCUUUAUCCCUCUCGAGGGCUUGAUUAGCCUGAUUAGGGGCCGGAUGUGCAGCAUCACAACCCAGCCCUGCCCUCCUCCCUACCGCAGGAGAUUUCAUUGUGAAUGUUACAGAAUGUCUACUUCCACCUUAGAUUGACUUCACAGAACCAAAACUUCAAAGUCAGAUGUUUUGCAAAGUUUGACUCAAUACAAAAAUUUAGCUAAGCUAGUAGAAAUGUUUAGUCUGUAAAUAAGAAUGACUUAGUAUUUUGUGUAAAAAGAAGAUGUAGUUCAAGUGAAUUGGUGAAUCGUUCAUUCAAACGAUCAAUCGUUCAUGAACUGUCCAAAUAAACAGAUUCUCUAAAAUGAAUUGGGCUUUCAAACGCAACAUGCUAGAAAAUGUAUUAAUUGAUUACUUGAAUCUGUCCAUUUACAUGAACCGUGAGAAUGAACCUGUGGUUAACCAAAAUAUUAUGAUAUCUCUGUUAUGUUGUUUUCAGUAACAAGUAAGUGAUGUACUUUGUUGUGAGGAAAAAUACAUAUGUUGCCUUCACGUGCACAUGAAUGACCCCUCAAGUCGUAAUUACCAGAGUUUCUGAGAUGGGAGGAGUCCUAAACUUUCAAUAUGGUGGUGGAGAGUACAGUUUCUGUAUAAAUACAGCUAAUUGUUAGCGCUUGCCAUUUUGGUCAUAUUCAUUUAUGUAUAUCAGCAACCAUUCUAUGCAUGUUGUACAUUUUUACAUAAAAUAGCUUGUAUUUGACCAAAAUUCCAUUAUUGUCAGAAAGCUAACCGAGUGAUAUUUAUUAUGGUGUCAAAAUAAAAGUUCCUCAAGAAAUA